AAAAAAGCUCACAGAGACAGAAAUUACGUGCAGGUCUCACAGUCUUGCUCUGCUACAUGUGUGAGUGUGUGUAUAUCUGUAGUUCAUGACAAAAUAAACAUGAACCUUUUAGAAUUUUAUUUUUUUUUAUAUAUAUAUCCUCUCUGGAGAUGGACUUCUGUAGUUUUUAGGUUGUAACUAUCCUAAUUAUUAGGGUUUGUUAUGCAUUAAAUGAGAAUUUGUUCUGGAAUUGUAUAAAAUUCUCAUACAGGUAAUAAAAGGUAUUGCAAAUCAAAUUGAUUCAUCACAUGUCAUGACAAUGGCAGUAGAUUUUAAAACAGUACUUGGCACACCAAGUUGCACAGAAUGCCUCACAAGGAGCUCCACUGACAAAUGGCUAUACAUGCAAACCACAUGUGUGUAAGACAGCUGAAGAUCUGUUACAUAAUGGGUUAGCUGACCAAAAGAAAGGUCUUUUUUUUUUCGCAAUCACGAUCCAAGAUAUAAAUUGACAUUUUAAAAUGUUCUGUGGGUUACAGACAGACAUUAAAACACAAUAUUGCAUUAAAAACAGUUCUCUUUUGGCACAAGCCUCCAUGCCACUAACUAACUCAAAUUGUAUUGUUUACAAUAUAUCACCUAAGAAGAAGCCCCUUGAAGUAAUUUGUCCAAUCAGCAUAGCUACUGUACACAGUUUGCCAUAUCACUCUAUUGGCUUGUUCAGAGGACAUUUAAAGUCACAACCUCUAUGAUUUGCCUCAAAAACUAGAUUGUAUAGACCUUCAAAUUCAAUCAAUUGCACACCCUACAUACUGUAGACUAAGCAGAUGUGGAGUAUUUUAUUACAUCAGUAAUUAUACAAUGUCAAUAUUUAGGUUUAAGGAUGUAAACCUUCACAUAUGCUGAAUCAUGAAAGAAUUGUGGGUCUUAUUCUGGAUAACUAUCCAAUUCUUGUGGCCCAACAUGUUGUCAAGCCUACAUCAGCCUUCUGUUUCUCUCAGAAUAGCAACAACAAACAACAUUCGACAAAAGUGUAAGUUUCAUUAAUUCAGUGGAGAUGUGAAAGCAGAUACAAAUGGUGCAUGGCUAUAUUGAUUAUUUGGUUGGAGAUCUUUUGUUAUCUAUGACUGCAAGGAAGUUUACCACGUGUUAUGAUCUUCUCUAGUGAUCCUCAGCCAGUCUUGCAGCCACCUUCAAUUCCCAAUAGUUUUGGUGCAUUUAUGUGUUCAGCCUGGUCUUUAGCAGGCAAAGCACAACACGGUCAGUUGCAUUGUUGUUGUCAGCUAACCAGUCAAGAAGAUUCUUCCAUUAACGAAAUUUCGAAUAAAGUCUACACAUAUUUACUGCUUCUCAAAUGAACAUAUGCCUGUAUGCAUACUUUACUGACUGAUUUCAUUGAUUGCAUGAUUCCAAUUGAAUUGGAUAUUUUUUUAAUUUAUGCUUCAUUGUAAUUCAUUCCAUCAUUCUUUAUUCUAAAUAUUAAGUACAAACUAUUUAGUGACAUAACUGUAAUGAAGCAGAGUAACUGUGAUACUGUAAAUGGCAGAUGUAUGGUUUGCUUUUAUAAAAACAACUAAAAAAUAAAAUUAUUGUCAACGUGAUAAGUAUUAAAAUAUCUUUUUGUGUGUGGGAAGUUACACAUUUCUAUCAUUUGUAUAGUCUAUUUUAUACCCCUUUUUUACACCUUUGGUAAAAUCUUAUUUUUGUCCAUCAUAAGUCACUGUUUCAUGUCAUUUGAUAUUUCAUUAAAACUUUUGUUGCCAACAGUUCAGCAAUAGCAGCCUGCAAAUAAGUUAUUUGCUGAGCUGGUAUUGGCUGGUGCUCAGAGAGAGUUUGUUUUGGACACAGAUUUUAGUCCAACCCCCUGAAGUCCCGACUACUGACGCAAAACCUGCGUAAAGAGCUGAUGAACCCAAGUGAGCUGCUCUCAACAGAGUCAUCUUGUUUGCCAAACAAAUGAAAACUUCUGGUUGCACAAUUAGACUCGGGAGCUUUAUGUUAAUUAUUAGCCACUCUGUUAAUUACUAAGCAGGGGAUACGAGACCUGUUCUCUAAUCAUGCCCUGGAGAAAUCUAACCAUGCCUCACUCCAGUGCUGCACAGCGCUGAAACUGGAGUACAAAUCUGCGGCCUGUGGUUGCACAUCUGCAUUGCUGACAAAGAAAUAUGAGAUAUUAGAGAUAUUAGGAAUUGUCCCUAACAGGAGCAUGAACCUAACAUUCAUGAUUGUGAUGGUGAGCAAAACCGGGGCAUGUCCAGAGGAAACCCACACAAACACGUCAAAAUGAUGUAAACUUGUCUACUCCAGUUGACAAGUACAAAUAUACAGCCCUGAAACGUACACUUCUGAUCUUUACAUUCACUGUCAACAACCCCCAGUGAGUUAGUGAUAGAUAGUGAUGGGAGCAGGUCAGGUUUGACAGUUAAAGUGAAACUCUCGCCAAAAUGCAACCAAGGCUUUUUUUUUUUUUUUUUUUUAAUGUAUAUGAGUCAAACUUUUGUGUAAACGCAUAAUUACGACAAUAGAGGCACUUUUAAGAUUUACCGCAUUUUGGUUUUCGGGUCAAACUCGUUUUCUCAGUGCUAGGGGCACUUUACGAUAGCAUCAAAAUCGCUAUUUUAGAAACACUAAGAAGGCUCGACACAAGAUGACACUUUGCUCGUAGUAUCACCAGGGUCUCUAUACAUGAACACGAGAACAAAGAACAUUGUUUGUGUACACAGAGUUUGCUAAAAAGAAAGUUUUUCUAACAACUCACCUUAGCAGUAGCUUGUUCUGCUGCCAGUCAUUAUGGCAGCCGAGGAGUAUCAAUCUCAGAAUGCAACGUAACUUUAAGGGGAGUUAAGGUGGAAUGCUACUGUCUUCUGGCAACCACUGUCCACGCCGUAUAUCACGUGACUUUUCCAGCUUUUUAUUUUUGUAUUGUUUCAUAUAUGAGCCUCCUUUUUCAACUUCAAGGUCAAUAUUGUUUUUUGGCCAAGCUAAACCAUCACCGUAACACACACUAGCAAGCCUACUUUUGGCACUCUUGGCUUGUAAAUGAAUAUAUCCAGCCUCAGUCACUGUCAUUAAAGUGAUUUUAUUUAUUUGUUCUAAGAAGCAGAAAAUGUAAAUGCAAAUAAUUACAAACCAAGAAAAGAAAGAUUUCUUUUCAAUUAAGUUUAUGAAUUUAAAAAUAAAAUUGAAACACCCACUGCAUUUUUUUCUAAUACCCGUUUCUGAAAAGAAAAUCACAACAGCUAAAGAUACAGUAAUCCAGAUUUCAUUCUUUUUCAUUCUACUUUUAGUACAUAUAUCAGUAGAUCAAUGUAUAAAUUAUAGAAAUGAGCUGCAAAAAUAUGUGAUACUUAAACUUAAAUGCUCUGUAAUAUUUAAUUGCAUAGUCUGUCAUCUGUUAUUGAGCUUUCAUCUGUCUGCGCUCUCUUUGCAGCUCUGUCAGCAUAUGUUCUGCUGCACAGAGGAUUGUAGGUUAGAUUUGCCACAAAGACAUACUGGAUUCUGCAAAAUUUGACUGGAUGAAGUAGGACAUCCUUGUAUUUUUGAGUUAUUCUAUUGACAUACUAUGUAUUGGGAUGCACUUAAUAGUACAGUAGUAUAGUUAACACAGCACAGGAACAGUUCUUAAAGCCAAGAAUCUCUUUUGUUAAAACUGUAGUGAUGAACUUAUCUUAUAGUAGACUUAAUUUUACUGACAGCACCAUCUGCAGUUAAAAACAAAACUUCAGCCACACUAAAGCCACCAGAGUCACACUAAAUCUAAAGUAAAUUAAGCCUUAAGGGACACUGUCAAAACAUUUUGCUCAACAGUUCACAAACUGCAAUGUACAAGUUACAGCUGGAACAGAGCUCAUUUGAAAGUGUCCACUCAGCAGAAUCAUCGCUAUGCAAAAAAUCAAUAUCAGGGCUCUCCGUUCAGCUGAAAAAGAUUCAGUUCAGUGACUCAGGAACUAUAUUAAAUACAUUUGAGGGGGAUAUUAAAAUUACAGGGAUAUUUAUCUAGUUCUAUAGAAUGAUAACCACUUGACUGCCAUUCAUUUUCACUGAUAUUCGACAGCUCAUAGUUUGCAACCCAUUGUACAUUCGCACUGUAUUGUACCAGCAUUACUUGAGAGGUCUCUAAACAUGAGCUAUCCUUUUAACACAACAAACUUGGAUUAGUCAUUGGACCACACAAGUAAUGGUUUGCUGAAAAUUGUCUUUUGUACACCUAUGUAGCUAUUCUAUUGAUCAAUGUUAUUUAUUUCUAUUGAAAAAGGAGCUUUUUUCACAAACAAUUAAAGAGGUCAAGUUAUGUUAUAGUUAAUUUUCAGCUUCAUACUUUUUUUGGGGUCUUAGACUUACUAGAAUAAGUUUACAUACAUGAGUGCAAAAAAAAACCCAAACAUACAUCCUCAUACGAUGCAUUGCUGUAGCAUGCUUUUACACACCAUGUCUUAAACGCUCCAUUUUAGCUACACAGCCAUCUUGCCUCUGUUCAGUCUUUGCACUUGUGCAUGACUUAACGGGCAGGAUGUAGCCAAUCAGAGGCAGAAUUGGGUGAGUCAUGCCAGGGAAGGUAGUCUGAGCCAACAUAAUGCCAACAUGAUGCCGCUAAAGCUAAUAAAUGUAGCUGUGGUACAGCCGUAUUUUAUAAUAUAUAUAUAUAAACAUAUAUAUUUACAUCUGUUAAAUGAUGAUGCAUAUAAGUUAUAGAAGUAAAAGCUCAACUCCAAACCAAGCAUUUCAUGCAGUGCAGGAGCCGUGUUUUCUGUGGGAGAGGGUAACUCGCUUUGCGAGGUCAUGGGCUUUUGCACUUUGCAGACCUUUUACAUGCAUAAAAAUGUUACAUUACAAAAUAAAAGACAAGCAAAACCCUAAAACACAUCCUGGAGUUUUUAUUAUUGGAAUAUCAAACAAGGUAAAACAUUUUAAAAAACUGUGCCUACUUUGUAGAUGUAUCUCUGGGGACUUGUUAAUGCCGCAAAAACAACAUCCCAGAGAUGUUGCGCACUGAAGACACAUUACAUGAUAAGAAGAACAGAGAUCUAAAGCUUUGACUCUUGUGGCUGAUGAAGACAUCCUCAGGUGAGAGGAGUUCAGUCCAUGUCCUGGAGCCUAUGUAACAUGUAUGGUCGUUGAGGUUGAGGUUUUAUCUCAAAUUUAAGACAUAUGGCACUUAUUUAUUUGGUAAGAAAAUGAUGUGUUAUAUGCUGUUCAUUUUAGCUUCAGAGACUUUUAACAAGUUUUAUUCUGAUUGUAAUCACACUGAUAUUGUUGGUGCAUGUCUUAAAUUGUGUGUCGGAGUGUAUAUGGAAAUUUGACACAUUUUUUCUUGAACAGGUUUGCUUCUGGCCACAUUUGCAAAAUGCAGAAUCUGACUGAAUUUGUAACAGGCAAUGUAACAUCCAACAACAUCCUGUCUGUGAUCAUUAAGGUGUGUGUUGUUAUCCCUUUUUUCUGUGUCUUCCUCUGCUGCAUUGCUGUCAUGCUGCACAUAUUUGUGUCUCACAGGCAGUUCAUGGACACUUCACGGUACAUCCUGUUUGCCUACAUGCUGAUCAAUGACACCCUGCAGCUCUUGUCCUCUGUUAUACUCUUCCUCUUUGUCAUGGGAGGGGUGAAAUUUUCUCUUGUCUACUGCAUUCCCUUGCUGAUCAUUUCCACUGCCACCUUCCAGAACACACCGUUAAUCCUGGCCACCAUGUCACUCGAGCGUUAUGUUGCCAUCUUUUACCCCCUACAGCGUCCAGUCGCCUGGCGCUCAGACCGAAUCUGGAUUAUUAUUCUGUCCCUGUGGCUCAUAAACUGCAUCUUCCCUAUAAUUGACCACUCCAUCAAGGAGCAUAAUCCAGCUGUGGAUAUCCUCUCCACCCCUGUGCUUUGUAAAGCUACUGUUGUCAACUCAUCUCAAAUUCAGACAUUGUUCAGAGCUGCUACAAGUAUUCUCUUCUUCACAGUAGUGGCUGUUAUCAUCCUCUUUACAUAUGUGAGAAUCCUGCUGGAAACCAGGAAGCUCAAACAAGACAAAGCGUCUGUGAGUAAAGCCAUGCAUACUGUGCUGCUGCACGGCUUCCAGCUGCUACUGUGCAUGUUGGCUUUCACCAUCCCCAUCACUGAGAGUGUCAUAGCUCUGCAUUCCAAAUGGAAACCAGAAGACGUCGCCUAUUUUAAUUUCUUCUGUUUCAUUCUAAUUCCACGCUUUCUCAGCCCGCUCAUCUACGGCUUCAGAGAUCAGAGUCUCAGGAGCUACAUCGAGAAAACAUUCCUCUGCUGCUUGAACACAGUCAAACCAAGCAGGCAAACUGCAGGACAACGUAUCUGUUUGUCUAACUUUUGAAAUCAUGACUGAGUACAAUUUGGGUUAAUAGCUUUACCUUUCAUCUGCAUUUUUGUAGCUAAUAAGGCUUUUUCAAUCAGUAUUGGACAUUUUUGUAGGAGUCUUUAGGGUUAUUCAGUAGAUUAAAGAUCCAAAAGACACCCCAAAAAAUGUCCAAUAGUGAUCGGAAAGCCUUAUUGGCCUUGUAACAAUGACCCAACUGCACUCUCAUAAUAGGCAUGUGUCAAUUUUUGCACACUUUCAACAGAUCAGCUAUCAAUCUGCUCUUUUAUUUUAUGCAAUUCAUCAGGGUAAUUAUAUCAAGAGAAAUUAUUUGUACACACUGCUGUGAACUUCUGAGAAAAUGUGAUCAAAUAUGAAAUAAUUUUUUCGUAUCUGUUGGUUUUCAAUCAUGCUUUAAAACCUAAACAUUAUUCUUAUUAAAUUGCAUUCUGUUUGAUAUUACAAAGGUCUCAGAUAUAAAAAUAAGAACAACCUAAGCAAGUCUUGAAGAAAAAGCCUUUAUUUAGAUUUAAUUUCAUAUUGAAAAUUACAUUUAAAAAUCACCUAAGUAGCAACCCACACAGGACACCAGGCCUUCUUUUGAUCAUGCUUGAUGGAAAAACAAUGAGACUGGUCAGAUGUUUUGUGUCUAUAAUCAUAAUCUGCAAAUCACAAAGAAAUCAGACAAAUGUUGUGUAGCAACUGUUCGGCCUGUAAAGUAGAUUAUCAUUUAAUUGUAUUAAAUGUGCAAUACAAAAGAAAGGUAGGCCUACAGGCAAGAGACAGUUUGUAUAGAAUAGAAUAGAAUAGAAUAGAAUAGAAUAGAAUAGAAUUUAUUGUCCCCUAGGGGAAAUUUGUCAUGGACUCAAAGUGCAUCAAACUAGUAGCUGCCCUAACAGACAAUAAACACACAUAAAAAUACAUACACCAGCUAAAGGUGUACAUGUAGGCUACAUACACAUUCAUGACACAUCCAAUAAAAGAUUAAUAAAUAAAUAUAUCAAAAAAUCAAAAAAACAAAAGCCCGACACCGGAAGUAAGGGAUGCUGUCAAGCUGAAGAAGGAGUACUAUCGAGCAUGGCUGGCUCGGGGGACUCCUGAGGCAGCUGACGGGUACUGGCAGGCCAAGCAUGCUGCGGCACGGGCGGUCGCGGAAGCAAAAACUCUGGGUCUGGGAAAAGUUCGGGGAGGCCAUGGAG